AUGCGAUCCUUACACGUCAGAACAUGGAGCUGGCAAAUGUUCAACGUGAAUCUUGGGACGGGCGGAUUCGCCAUUGUGCUCGCCUCGAUUCCCCACAAGUUCCGAGGUCAACAUGCCAUCGGUACCGUCUUCUUCAUCAUCGACAUUGUGGUAUUCAUCGUCAACGUUGUCAUGCUCUCCCUCCGAGCGAUCCAUUUUCCCCAUCUCUUCGCCCUCAGCUUCAAGAGUCAUUCAGAGGGAGUGUGGACGCCCGUCUCGGCCGUUGCCCUCUCUACCCUUCUGACUAACACCAUGCUGUAUGGCAUUCCCUAUUGUGGGCCUUGGUUGCUCAUCGUUUGCGAAGUAUGGUAUUGGGUUUACAUGUUCUUGGCACUGUGCCUCACGCUUGCAUACAAGCGGAAUUUCCGUACAAUCUCUCGCAAACUGUCUGAGAUCAGUCCACCCGACGCCCUGGAAGUGUACCCACUAAUGUUCUGCGGUGUGGUGGGAGCGACCUUGGCCACGAAACUUGCCGAACGCUACGCACGCAGAGCAUUUACGGUAGCCAUUUUCUCAUACGUCGUAUCAGGUACGCCACGUCCAUUUGGCAAUGUGCUCAUAGCAUCUGGUCUCGGGUUUUUCAACGGCCUAUUGAUACUCAGUGUAUAUGUGGCCCACGAUUUGAUGAUCAAAAACACGUCCAGCUCGGUCCUUCCCUCACACCUGAUAUCGGUCGGCGUGCCAGGCUUUACAGCCUACACGACUAUCAAUCUCGGACACGCAGCUUUGACACUAUGGCGGGAGAACGACAUUUUUGCCGGAGCGGGCGAGGGUGGACCAGAUCCUCAACUCGCGGGUCAGAUCUUUUUCUGCAUCAGUAUAUGGUUCUGCCUUUUACUCGUGGGAAUGGGCGCUUGGUUGCUCAUGGGCUUCUCCUGGAACGCAUUUUGGUCAUGGACGACGAAUCCCAGGAGACCGAUCUUCAGGCGUUGGCACUACACCUGGUGGGGCUGGACGUUCCCACUGACCGGUUUUGUCGGUUCUCUCGGUCGAUUGGGCUCUUACCUUCCCUCAAGAGCAUUUUCCAUCCUCAAUAUCAUUCUCGUCUGCUUCAUGGGCUUGAUGUGGCUCUUCAACAUUGUUGGUACCAUUGUCAUCAUCUGGAAAGGUGAACUGCCUGGUGGUGAGGAGACCAUCGAAAUGACCCGUCGCCAAAGCGACUCGGAUGAUGAGGGCGGCAUACCCUCGUGA